GAAGCGAAAGAUAAGGAUGAAUCAGCCGGGAUGCGGGAAAACCUGUCGUCCGAAGCGGCAUACCGCGGCUUGCCGGUCACAUGGCAUGCGUCAUAGCGGCGGUCGGAUGCCAAGCUGGGCCCGAUAGCCUCCGCCUUCCCUAGCGAGGUUGGCCCUGGACCCUGAAUUCUCCCAGCGACGCCAAUUUUCAAACUCAAUUAAUUUACCUCAUCCGCACAAAUCUCCAGGAAAAAUGGCUCUCUCACACAUGGUCCAUCAUCCACUGCAGCGAUGGCCCAGCCCUUCCAGGGGCAUCUCUGCUCUGGUUCAUGCAACGGGUCUUGCGAGCUUUCUAUGGUCUUUCAAAUACAUGCACGAGAACCCCAAUCAGGCGAAUGAGGCAUAUGGAUGGCACUUCCAGUACUUGACCGUCAUCGGGCUUAGUCUUUCGACGCUGACUUUCAUCGUUGCCUUUCUUGCCGACGUGACUCUGUCGCACCGGUUGUUCUUGAUCAAGAAUCUGCUGUCCGUGUGCUGUGCUCCUAUGGAAGUCCUGAUUAGUGUGCUCUACUGGGGUCUCCGAGUGAUCGAUGAGCGUCUCGUGCUCCCAGAGUGGGCCGUAAUCCCUUUACAUGCAGAUCUCGGGUUCCAUGCUGUCCCGUCCAUCGUGAUGUUAAUAGAUCUGCUGCUGCUGUCCCCACCGUGGACAAUUUCCGCCUUGCCUGCUCUUGGUUUGUCUGGCGUUAUCGCCUUCGCUUACUGGUUCUGGGUGGAGCAAUGUUUCUCAAACAACGGAUGGUACCCGUAUCCCAUCUUCGAACAGUUGUCCACGUCAGGACGAGUUGGCCUGUUUUCGAUGAGUGCCGUUGUGAUGGCUUUCAGCACCGUCACCUUGAAGUGGCUGCAUGGUCGUGUCAAUGGCUUUGGUAAUGGUUCGUCCCCUCAGUCUCGCCCGGGCGAUAUCAAAAAGGAGGCACUUUAAAUUUAUUGCGAGAGCUAAGAGUGAUGAGUACGGCGUAUUGUUUGGUGAUCGUCGAUUUAAGCGUGAAGGUAUGAGUGUAGAUAAAGUCAUGAGUAUCAAGAGCCAUGGCCCGGUGAAUUACAUUCUGGAGUCGCAGGCCAUGUACAUACUUCAUGGAGCAGGCUCCUUACAAAAUACCCAAUUACCAACGAAAAUCCACCGCUA